UAUGCUGCUUGCAGUGAUAAGUAAACAAUGAAAUUUUGUAUUUUAAUUGUCAAAUCGUUAUCGUGCGUAUUAUAAUUAAGGAUAAAAUUAUUAUUUCCAAAUAAACUGGUGAAGUAGAUAUUUGAAGUAUAUUCUAUUGAUAAUUGUGGCUAAACAUGUCGAUACAUAUGUACACUGUUUUAUAUGAAUUUUUUAUUUGUCAUUUUUCAAUUCGUUUUUUGGAGUAUAAUUUUGUAUUGCAUUGUGAUAUACACAUGUUAUUUCCACAAAACAUAACAUGGAACUUAUAUUUUAAAAAGCCAGAGCAGAGAGAAGAACAUUUUCUAUCCCACAUAGAGGAACGUACAUUACUUCGUUUCUAUGAAUUACAAUUGAGAGACUUCUGCCGCCGCUUCACACCUUCAAUGCCACGUGCCACUGUAGCUACUGCGUUGCAUUAUUUCAAACGAUUUUAUCUUAGAAACAGUGUUAUGGAUUAUCAUCCCAAAGAGAUUUUAGUCACAUGUGUUUACUUGGCUUGUAAAGUAGAAGAAUUUAAUGUAUCCAUAUGUCAGUUUGUUGCUAAUAUUAAAGGAGAUAGAGAAAAGGCAUCCGAUAUUAUACUUAAUAAUGAAUUGCUCCUUAUGCAGCAACUAAAUUAUAACUUAACAGUGCACAAUCCAUUCAGACCUGUAGAGGGAUUAAUGAUAGAUAUCAAGACGAGGUAUACAUCUUUGGAAAAUCCAGAACGGUUGAGGCCAUAUAUCGAUGAAUUUUUAGAAAGGGUAUUUUUGACUGAUAGUGUUUUACUAUAUACGCCAAGCCAAGUUGCAUUGGCUGCAACAUUACAUGCUGCAUCCAGAGCCUCUGCUAAUUUAGAUAAUUAUGUAACUGAUAUUUUGUUCUCUCAAGAACAUUUAGUGUGUAUAAUAGAAGCAGUAAGAAAAAUAAGAUCUAUGGCUAAAUGUGUAGAACCUCCUUCAAGAGAAGUGGUAAGAGCUUUGGAAAAGAAAUUAGAAAAAUGUAGAAAUCAGGAAAAUAAUCCUGACAGUGAAAUUUAUAAGCAGAGAAUGCAAGAAAUGUUAGAUGAGGAAGAUUUACAGGACAAUGAAAAAUAUGCUAAAAUUAUACAAGAUCAAGCAGCUCAUGAUGAGAAAAUCUUGGGUGUCAGCAAAGUUUUGUCUCCUUCGGCUCUAUAAUAAGGCAAUUUCUGACAUUGCAUUGAUACCAUUUUUUAUACCUUUGUCAAUUGUACAUAAUAAUGAAUAAUUGAUUACUUUAUAUCAAUAAAAUCUAGGAAAGGGUUACAAUAUUUAUUAAUAUUUCAAUAUAUACCUUUUCGAGAUAAAAAUAUAUUUGUUAGUUUUUCAUUAAAAUCAGGAAAUUGUUAUAAAAAUUAUUUAAUGUAUAUAUUGUGUCUCUUUAUAAUAAAUGCGAUUAAUAAACUUUUUGUUUACCUUGUUCA